AUGAAAGAGGAAUUAAAGUCAGUUAAACAAACCAAUAGAAAAGUAUUAGUUAUUGCAUUUGACUUGCAGGAAACUCUUUCAACACCUAGUCUUAUAGUUGGUCCGGCAUUCUACUUGCGUAAAGCUUGGACUUACAACCUUGGUAUUCACGAUUGCAUAUCUGGACAAGCAAGCAUGUUUAUGUGGACAGAUGCUACAGCCAAGAGAGGACGUGAGGAAAUAGCAAGUAUUUUAUUGAAGGCAUCCUAUUUGCCUUGCGAUAGGGAUUUAGCCCAAAUUGAAAAACACAAGAGGUAUUUGAGACAAAUUUAUUGCCCAGAGGACUGGUACGAAGCCGUUAGAAAAAGUAAAAGGGCCAAUCCAAUCGAAGUUAUUGUUAUGGAACAAAAAGAUUUCCUAUCGUUUCAAAAAGUUCCUAUGGUGAAAAAAACCAUAACUGAAGAUAAAGAGCCUGUAAAUUUCACAAAAGCACGCUGCUUCCGAUUUGAAUCGGGUGAACCCAAUACGAUGGUGAUAAAACGUGAACUAAAUGAAACUUUUAAAAAAGUUUAUAUUGGAAAGCGUGGAAAUAGGUUAGUUCUUCAGUCAGGCGAUAUUCUUGACAACUUAGACUGCAAAUACAAUAAACCUGUAAAACUGAACAGCAAGAAAGUUGAAGACUUACAAAAACUUUUGCGAUACAUACCACCUAUCAAUCAAAACUUUUAUGUUACUAUUUUCGAGCAGUGUGCUGGAGAGCACAUUGACGAAACUGAAGAUCAAAAUAUUGCGGAAGAUGUGGAUGGAGAAGAAGACUAG